CAAAACGUAAGAAGGUGACGUAUGUGUGCUACGUGUCCAGGAAGUUUUAUAGUCAACAUGGCGGCGCAGCAGGGAGAUGUUGAUGAGCUUUUCGAUGUGAAAAAUGCAUAUUACAUUGGCAGCUAUCAGCAGUGUAUCAAUGAGGCGCAGAAAGUGAAGCCGUCGUCACCGGAAAAGGAGACUGAAAGGGACAUGUUUUUGUAUAGAGCCUACAUCGCCCAGAGGAAGUAUGCUGUUGUCCUGGAUGACAUCAAGGCCAACUCUCCCCCCGAGCUGCAGGCCGUGAAGAUGUUUGCUGAGUAUUUGUCGAGUGAAAACAAAAGAGAUGCUAUCGUUGCCGAUUUGGACAAAAAGAUGGCAAAGAGCGUGGAUGCUGCCAACACCACCUUCCUCCUCAUGGCUGCCUCCAUCUAUUACCAUGAGAUGAACACUGAUGCUGCCCUCAGGACUCUGCACCAAGGAGAAAGCCUGGAGUGUAUGGCCAUGACCAUUCAGGUGCUUCUGAGUUUGGAUCGUGUUGACCUUGCGAGGAAAGAGCUGAAGAAGAUGCAGGAGCAGGAUGAAGAUGCUACUCUGACCCAGCUAGCAACAGCCUGGGUUAACAUUGCUGUGGGUGGAGAUAAGCUGCAGGAUGCCUACUACAUUUUCCAGGAGAUGUCUGACAAGUACUCUUCUACACUGUUGCUCCUCAAUGGCCAGGCGGCCUGCUACAUGGCUCAAAACAAGUGGGAGGAAGCUGAGGGAGUGCUACAGGAGGCUCUUGAUAAGGACAGCAGUCAUCCUGAGACACUGAUCAACCUGAUAGUGCUGACUCAGCACUUGGGCAAAGCUCCUGAGGUAACCAAUCGCUACCUGUCCCAGCUAAAAGAUGCACACAGAGCCCACCCAUUCCUCAAAGACUAUUUAGCCAAGGAGAAUGAGUUUGACAGGCUAUCAAUGCAGUACGCUCCCACAGCUACAGCGUAGAGCAUCUGCUUUUACCGAGGAGGCAGCCUAACAAUGGACGGACUUUAGUUUAACACCACAGAAUCAGCUUCUCUCUCCCCUCUCUCACUUUGAUAUUUGUUUUAUUUUUACUUGGAAAUUUUGGCUGUAUUAUUUAAACCACACUAGAUGUCACAAUUUCCCGUGGGGUCAGACCAAACGUGUCUUUGCUUUGGUAUCAGUUCUUUAGAAAUUUACAACACAUCUGUGUGUAACGCAAGCAUUCAUUUGAGAUGAAAAUAAUAAACGUGUAUUGCCUGAG